CUGUUUCACACAUCCAUUUGUCAAAUUUCCCAAACCCUACAAAAGAAAGCCAAUCCAGCUCCAAAACCCAAAAGAAAACAACCUAACAUUCUUUCUUGCGAACGGCGACUCUCUGGAACUCGCACGACCUGGUAAGUAGCCUCUCUCUCUCUCCAGAGCUGCAAACUUCUGGUUCGAUUUCGUAUUUCUUUCUGUUUCAAGUUUAACCGAGUUGCCUUGGCUGGCUGUCAAUCGAAAGCUUUUAUCGCGAUCUACUGAAAAUUUCGAUUCUAAAUACCAGAGAAAGGUUGAAUCUUUUUGUUAUUAUGAUGAACAUGGAUAGGAUGGUUCUUGAUCCUUUUCUCUAUUUUGAAUUGUAAGCAAUGCUUGUUAGAACUCUCUCACAGUUUCCCAGUUAUUGGAUUUCUUCAUAAAGUCCCAAUCUUGGCUCGAUUGCGAUAGGAUUAUUAAAUUUCUGCCUUCUAUGGAGCUGUGUCAAAAGGGAACCCUGCAGUUUUCCAAAUGGGAGAGUAAUCUUGGCAAUAAGGAAUUUAGAGGGAAGCCUAUAGUGAGACGUAAAGUACUGUUGUUUUGUUGGUGGGCUUCCUUGGUCUUCAUCUCAUUGAGGACCAGAAGAAGCAUUUGCUUGUAAGAGGAGGCUGUUUGAGCAAGUUUAUAUGCUGAGUUCUUAUGUAGAUAUCUAUCAACUAUCAGAUCUUUUUCUAGUUUCCUUCAAAAUUCGUGAUUAUUGUCUUGGAGUUGGUUGCAACUUGCUGCCAUAGGCUAAUGAGGCACUGCCAUUAUAUUUUUCUGCUGAAUUCGUUCUGGAGUUACCUUUUCAACAGAAACACUGUCCAGAAAAAUGCCAGAAGACACAGAGUACCGUUGUUUUGUUGGUGGGCUUGCUUGGUCUACAUCUGAUAGAGGUCUGAAAGAGGCAUUUGAUAAGUAUGGGAAUCUUCUUGAAGCAAAGGUGUGAUAAUUCUCCGAAUCACUUGUCUGGUCUACAUGGCUCCAUACCCUCAGUGUUAAUUUAUUGUUUCGUUUUAAGGGUGUUAGCUGCAUAAAACUACGAUAUCAGAUACAAUCUAGUUUCACUUUUUCCAUUCAUAUGUUACAUUGUGCAAGGGGUAAUCACUUCCUUGAUGCUGUUAACCUUGUACUGCAUUGUAAAAAAAAAAAAACCUUGUACUGUGCCUGCGUUUACUGAGGUAAUUUUAGGAAUAAAAAAAAUUUGAGUUGUUUAUUGGAAAUAGGUGCUUCUUGCUUCAAAGAGGGGUAGAAGUUGUUUGUUGCAUUUGCAUGAUUAUAGAUGUUGUCAACUGUGGAGGAGUAUAACUUUCAUGCUUUUUGUCUACUAUAGGUGGUUGUUGAUAAGUUCUCUGGGCGCUCCCGUGGAUUCGGAUUUGUAACUUUCGAUGAGAAGAAAGCAUUGGAAGAAGCUAUUGAAGAAAUGAAUGGGAUGGAUUUAGAUGGUCGAACUAUUAUAGUUGAGAAAGCCCAACCUAGCCAAGGUUCCGGACGAGAUCAUGAUUCUGACCGAAGCCGUGGACGUGAUCGUAGUUCAAACUAUGAAAGUGGAGGUAGACGAGGUGGAGGUGGUGGUGGAGACUGCUUCAAGUGUGGCAAACCGGGACAUUUUGCUAGAGAAUGUCCAAGUGGUGAAGGAGCAAGAGGUGGAGGCAGCAGGUAUGGUGGUCGAGAUGAAAGGUCUGGUGGCCGAGAUGAGAGGUAUGGAGGUGGAAGUAGCAGAGAUGGGAGCCGCUAUGGUCCAGAUAGGAAUGGAGACCGGCAUGGGGGCCGCAGCAGCAGAGAUGGUGGAAGCCGUGGGGGUGAAGGAAGUGAUCGCUAUACCCGUGACCGCUCUGGACCAUAUGAACGAAGGGGUUCUUGAGGAGAUGUUGUUAUGGGUGGCCUAAAGGAACUGCUGUUGCCGUCUGCAUGGCGGUAGACUUGAUAGCUGCAGCCGUGGUCGUCGUCUGUGUCUUUUCGUGGAUCAGCCUAGUAGAUCCAUUUCUUCAAGUGCAGACUUGCAUAAAUGUUGUAGUACUUUGUGUUCUCGAAAUGGCGCCUUUGAUGUUUGUGUGACGAGAUGAUGGAUACAAUGGUUGCUUUGACAUGGAAUUGUGAGGUGGCCGUGGCCCUUGUUCGAUUGAGUUUAAUUUGACAUCUGGGUUCCUACGACCUUUGUGCUACCAGCUGCAAAAUCAUAAACAUGCUCAACAGUUCAUUUGAUCAUUUUGCGUUGGCAAGAACCAUUGAUAUGGAUUGGCAUUUGGAGGAACAGUAACCCUACUGCAUACUGUGCUUGAAGUCUGAAACCUUGGGUGUUUGUGAGUAGAAGGCGGCUUAAACAUGAGUGACUAGUUGGUUAGAAAACCGGAAUGGGCCGGGUAAAUCCUUUUUCAUCCCUAACCUUUGCCCUAGUCCUUAUCAAUGCUUCAUCUUAAUAUUAAUUUCGAAAUGUCAAUGUUUUGGCAGGGUUGAUGAUAUAUUAUGGUCUUUCUGGGUGCAUAUUUGGACUUAGUCUGUUGCUCAUAACAGAUGUACUUUCUCUUUUAAAAUACUGAUGAGGUCCUUUUGUGGGGGCAGCAGAGCUUAACUAUAAGGCACCAAAUGACAUUAUCCUGUUCAUGAGUGGUGUUCUUGUCGAACAGAUGGAAUUGUCGAGCAAUAGUUCUUGGUCUUUCGUCUUCUGGAUCUUCUUCCAAAGAGGAGAUACUUGUGCUCCAGUCCUUUCUGUGGCUGUUUCUUUUGGUUGGUACUUUACAGAUAGGCAUACACAUUGGAAGUAUUUUGUUCGUGUCAUUUGAGGAACUGUUUUCUAUAGGUUCAGAACUUACAGGUAUCCUUCACGCAGAAGAGGCUUCUGCUCAUCUUUGGUUCCAUAUUGGUCUUCUAUCAUUUGUUCGCUUAAAUCGUUCUUAACUUGGCUGCAUAUUCACCUCGUAGCAGAUGGCAAUUUUCGAGAUUUUACUUUCACUGUCUUGCCAGUUUUGUAUUGUACAAUAAAGGUUUAGUGAGUUUUAGAUUCUUUGUACAGCCAGUAGAAAUUUUGGGGAAACAAUCAGGUAAUCUUGCUGUAUGGGUUUGAGAGUUGCUUAUUUUCAGCCCUUCAUGCUUUUCAAACUCUCUGUCUACUCUGUACUAAGCUUUCUCUCAUCUAGCAAGGGUUGUUUCUGGUGUUUCUCCAGAAUCAGCAGCAACUUUCUCCCUAGUGGGUCGAAGAUGUCUCUUUCGUAGUUUGUUCUCUAUCUGCUGCUUUGAAGAUGUUCCUUUUGUGGUUUGUUUCUCCAAUUUGAAUUUUGAUUUUUCUGAUCUCCGUGGGUUUCCUUUUUCCCCAGCUUUCUUUUCAUUUAAGAUCUUGUGGGUCUUAUAGUUCGUAAGCUUAGUGUUUCAGAGGGAGCUAUGGUAUUCAUAGCUUGUUUGUUGCAUGGUUUAUCUUGCUACUUAGAUUGAUGGAUGGUGACAGUUAUUUCUGAUCUCACUCCACCAUUUUUCGGCCCCUCUCUUGAGGGCUCCGGCAACUGCAUCAGUUUCUUUCAUUCUUGCAAAUUGCAAGUGAGAUUUUCAGAGCAGUCCUUUGUCGACCCUCCUUUUCAUUUGGAGGUCCGUCGACAUCAUCUUCUUCCUGCGAGGAGCUGCUGGUUGUUGACAGCAGCAAACACAUUCGUUUCGAUGUGGUUGGUGGCAACUGGUUUUUCUGUCUCGGCGAAACUAAAUAAACAAGGAGAUACAUC